AUGUUCUUUCAUCAUAUGGUUGUAAAUAAGCCACUGAAGCUGGUGUACUGUUUUGUUCCAAAGGCUGGGUGCACAUUCUGGAAAAGGGCUUUCUAUUACAUCCAGAAAACACAGGAAAAUGAGUACAUGGGUAGUCUGUUUGAUAUUAAAAAGGACGAAAUUCACCGUCUUGGCAUGGACAAGUUAACAGAAGUGGGAGGGGACUUCGCCAGUAAAUAUGCCUUCCUCAACGACGCCAAAAAAAUUAUCAUUGUCCGAGAGCCUUACUCUAGAUUAUUUUCAGCAUGGGUUGACAAACUAUUUCUGCCAGACUUUUGGAGAUACAUCGGCGUACCUAUAGUCCAAAAUUACCGAAGCGGUGCCGGAAUUACUGCACUCCAGUGCGGCCAUGAUGUCAGUUUUUAUGAAUUUUUACGCUACGUCGUGGACAUUGGCCGGGCGACGACGUUUACAGUGCAACAGUUCGACGAUCAUUGGCUGCCCAUAUCACGUGUCUGUCAGACAUGUCACGUGAAGUACGACAUCAUCGGACGGAUGGAUGACUUUUCGAGAAGCCGAGACGCCAUCUUGACGUCAACAGGAAUGCACAAGUACAUAGCGACCAAUAUAUCGUCAAUGGAAACUGACAUCGACAACAUAAAACUAAAUAUAGAAGCCUAUUGGUUCACAUCACAGAAGAACCCGAAAUGUAUCAGCCAAUACGAUUUGCUCACGCGCCUCUGGGCAUCUUUCCAGUUCCAGGGAUUUCUGCCAUCAGACAUGCCACUUCAGUUAGAUAUCGUAAAAGCCAAUGGCCAGCUGACAAUGGAAGGCUUCUUAAAACUGGUGUCUGAUGCGCAUGUACACUUCAUAAAGGAGAGUCCGAAGCGAGGGAAAGUUCAACGUAAGGAGGCCAUGAUUAGAGCCUACCAGACUGUCCCAAGGUAUCUCCUCUACAAAAUUAAAGACUUGUUCCACCUUGACUUUAGUCUAUACGGGUAUGAUCCAGAGCCGAUGGAGAUAUUCGGCUAG